GGAAGCAUAGAGUGUAGGGUGGUGGUCAACGUUUGACAUCAAGACUCGAAUGACAAAUUGCAUUGAAGGCUUCAUUCUUAAGACAUCACAGAGGAUGCUUAUGAUCUCGUUGGCGAGGCGAUACCAUUCAAUACCUUCAAUCACUUUGUCAAGAUGGGGAAUAUCUUCGGACAACUCUUCAAAGGCCUCUUCGGCAAGAAGGAGAUGAGAAUCCUGAUGGUGGGCUUGGACGCUGCUGGAAAGACUACCAUCUUGUACAAACUUAAAUUGGGAGAGAUUGUCACUACCAUUCCUACCAUCGGUUUCAACGUAGAAACAGUAGAAUACAAGAACAUCAGUUUUACGGUUUGGGAUGUCGGCGGGCAGGACAAGAUCCGACCCCUGUGGCGCCACUACUUCCAGAACACUCAAGGGCUUAUAUUCGUGGUGGACAGUAACGACAGGGAGCGUGUGAACGAGGCGCGGGAGGAGCUGACGAGAAUGCUGGCGGAGGAUGAGCUGCGCGAUGCCGUGCUACUCGUCUUCGCGAACAAACAGGACUUACCGAACGCUAUGAACGCGGCUGAGAUCACAGACAAGCUGGGCCUGCACACGCUCCGCCACCGCAACUGGUACAUCCAGGCGACCUGCGCCACAAGCGGAGACGGCCUCUACGAGGGGCUCGACUGGCUCUCCAAUCAGCUCAAGAACCAGAAAAACUAAAUUCCAUUUAGUCUGUUUGUCUUUGGUGUGUGUGUGUGUGUGUGUGUGUGUGUGUGUGUGUGUUUGAGAGAGAGAGUGCAGCACUUGUUGAAGCCCUGACUGGCCAUCUUUUUUUUAUUAUUUUGUUUUCUUUCGCUCUCAGUUCCAUCAACUUCCUCUGUGAUGGCCAGUUUACAGUCAGUCUGUUGUUUAUCUGACUGUGGCGCACAUAAUUGUGUGUGUGUGUGUGUGUGUGUGUGUGUGUGUGUGUGUGUGUGUGUGUGUGUGUGUGUGUGUGUGUGUGUGUGUGUGUGUGUGUGUGUGUGUGUGUGUGUGUGUGUGUGUGUGUGUGUGUGUGUGUGUGUGUGUGUGUCAGACCUGAGGAUGCAAGUUUACUAUGUAUGUGUGUGAUUGUGCGUGUGUGUGAUUGUGCGGGAAGGCUAUGCCCUGUGUUUGUUAGCUGGGACUGGGAAAUGGGCCUGGCGUGCCUUUUGACACACCAUCUAUCCUCUGGCGGGACACCUCUCUCAGCCCCCCAACCCAAACCCUGUCCGACCCACCUCAACACCCCUGGCCUACUCAACUCCUUGGACUGGCCCAUUGCACGGUUGCUCCAGCUCCUCUCCCAGCUUUCCACUCUCCUCCCUCCCUCCCUUCCUUCCUUCUGCUAUAUCUCUAAGCAUGGUUUCCAUAAGGCAAAGAAAGACCCAGGAUGCAACACCAAGAAACACUGGGUUUCUCACCAGAUCUGUACAAGUCGCGCAUCUUUUUGAAGUCAUUUGGUGUUGCAGGUUGCAUGGACAGUGGUUUUUUGCAUUUAUGAAUGCCAUUGGCUGUUGGUUUUAUGUUGUUCCUAUGGUGUUUUUUUUUCUCUAAAGGGACCCCACAAAAGGUGGAGGCAGAAAAAUCUCCCAUGGGUAACCUGUAUCAGGUUGGAAGCAAGAAAAAAAAAAACAUCCUUGAUCAUUCUUUGCAUAAUUGGAAGAUCGUGCAUGUGGUCGUUGUAUUGCUCCCCCCUUCUCACACUAUUUUCUCUCUUACAUGCCAUUUUGCUUCCUUCCCAGUUUAAUCACCUCUAACAUGCAGUAUGGUGGCUCUCGCACAUCUACACUACUUUUUGUUUGUUUGUUUUUGUUUUGUUUUCAUCUGAGACCAACCAGCACAACACAGAAAAAAAUGAGGUCCUUGUGCCUCUGUACCUUGCCCCCUGCCCUCACCCUGCCCCCCCAAACAACUUCCUAAACCCUCUCCCACACUCCCCCCACCCCCACCCUUACCAUUUGGUUCCAAUUAAAAAACAAAUUCCAGAAAACAUCAUGUGAAUGUCACUCCAUGGUCAUUUUUAGAGAUUGUGAAACGGGAAAGUGGGAAAUUGCCACAAAAGAAAGGACAACAUUUGACUGUCGGGGGUUGUUUCUUCUAUAUCUUGUUUGGGAAGAUGAAAAACGUGGACUGGAAUUAAUCAGAAAAUGUCUUAGGGGUUAGUUUUUAAGCAGUGGGUUAUCUGAAAAAAGGAUGUUUGUUUCAUGGAAAACCAGCAGCAUCCUACAGAAAUGUUACACCAUUUUGUGUUAAAUAUUUACAAUUUCUGUCUUUCUUUGUUUUAUUAAUAAUAUAAUUAUGCGACAUCACAGAGUAGGUGUGGGCAUAUCAUGUCUAUGGAUGCACUGAAUAUACUUCUAGAUCGAGGGCCAUUCCAAGAAGCUGUUUCAGUGGCUUACCAGGUUAAGUUAACCUUGAGGUGGUGGUAAAUCGCCUAAUAGAAAAGCCUGGAGUGCUCAUUUUGAUCGUCACUAUACAAACGUAGCCUAAAUGACAUCUGUGGGCUAUCUGUUAGCGGGCUUACCACUUCCUGUAGGUUACCUUAGCCAGGUUUAUCUCUUGGGAGUACUCCCCAUAAGCUUCAAAUGGGGACAUCUCACAAUAGACUUUCUGUAUGCAAGUCGACAAAGCUCUUCACCCAAACAGUUAAGAGUCCAUUGGCCAUUUGGUUCUCCUGAUCUUUCUUUUCAAUGAAGGCACCAAAAUUUGAGUACAAUGAAGGAGUGUUCCAGAGAAGUUCAGUGGUGACCAUAAAGAUAGACUGACAAUGAAAGUA